GUCCCCUAUCCUUUUGUGCCCCAUUAUCCCACCUCAGGCUACCAAAAAAAAAGGCCAGUCUCCUCAACACAUGAAUCAAAAAUGACUGACCAAGCCCCUCCCACUCCUGCCAGUGACGCCAGCAUCGACACAUAUCACACACUUGCACCUUCCAAGAUACCCGUCAAGAGGAAGCUGCAGGACUCUUCCGAUGACUCCGCCUCCACUGACCCCCCUUCCUCGCCAGCUCCCGCGAAGAGGAGACGCCAUGACAAGGACGAGUAUAACCCCAAGUACAUGGCUCGCAUGUGUUUUGGAGCACACGUGUUGCGCCAGCAAGAAGCUGGCAUCACUGACUAUACCUUGCAAGCCCAGCAAGACUAUCAGCAAGAUCUUACCUGCAUGUUCGCCCAUGCACAGUCCAAGGGCUAUUUCAGAAAAGGUACGGCGGCCCGCCACUUGAUCCCUCGUCUUGCAAACAUCACCCCCCGAUCCAGACAUGACAAGAUCGCACUGGUCGAUGAGUUUGUCCAACACUACGAAUCGGUCCAAUGUGACCUACUUUUCAUCAGAGAUAUCAUCACUGGUAAUGCCCGGGUCGAUCUUGAUGUUGUCACUACUCUACGUGAUUGUCUCUCUGCUUUCCACUUAUCUUUGGCCAAAGGUGUCAAGUGGCGCACCAUCAUGCCAUACACGCCCCUGCCCAAAGCUUGUCUUCCAAUGUUGCGGGAUUUCAUCGCCAAUCCCAAGCACUUCCGCUUUCUUGGCCAUCUCACACAUACCAUUGUGGAUCUCGAGACCUGGCUUAGUCCCCCGCCCCUUUGCAUGGAGCUUUCGGCCCGUCUGAAGGCGUCAGCCACAGAUACACUUCAGCAAGAGAACGAGAAGACCACUGUGAACCCUUCACCAAGCUUGUCAACUCAGGGUGAUGCCGACAGAGAAUCAAUGGCAAAACUCAUAGAACAAGGCAUGGAGCAGGUAGGUUUGGUGACAGAAAGGGUAAGUCUGGUGACAGAGAAGGUAGGUCUGUUGGCAGACAAGGUAAGUCUCUUGGAAGAGCAGCUCCAACAAGCUGAGACAGCACAUACGCGGAUCACCCAAAACAUCAAUGUGCUAGAGGCAACCUCUGCAGAACAAAAGGCAGAAAACAGGUUGAAAGAGGAGAAAUGGGUCGCUGCCGCAUCUCAGAUUCGGAAAGAACAUUGCGAGCAUGUCGCCCGGCAAAACAGCGAACUCGAGCGAAUAAAACUUGCUGUUGAAGCUGAGCGUACAAGGUGCGUCGACGUCAUGGCAAAUACCAGCCAGAUGUUGGCGGAAGCAAACGAACGGAUUAGCACGUUGGCGAGUGUACCUAGCAGCCUCCCUGCAUCUCAGCCUUGGAACUCCCCAAUGAACUUAGAUCAGAGUUCUGACAUGAUGGAUAUCGACCAGAAAUCCAUUUCUAGUGCAAAUGGGUUUUCAGCCCCGAAUCCAAUCGACCCUGGGAACAACAACCCAUUUGCCAGCUGUCUGGCCCAAGACACAACUGCACACCAGCAUGCCAAUCCUUCUCCCAACAUUCCGAUGUAG